CCCCUCCCCGCGGCCGUCAUGCCUCCCAGGAAGCGGACGCGGCCGGGCCUGGGCUUCCUGUGCUGCUUCGGCAGCAGCGAGCCCCCCGAGAUCAACCUGAAGGACAGCGUCCCCCUGCAGCUGCUGGAGUUCAGCGCCCCCAUGCCUCCCGCAGAGGAGCUGCACGCUCGCUUCUCCGAACUGGUGGAGCAAGAGGACCCCAACAAGCUGGCGACCAGCUGGCCGGACUACUACAUAGACCGCAUUAACUCCAUGGCGGCUAUGCAGACAUUGUUCGCCUUUGAUGAGGAGGAAAUGGAAAUGAGGAACAAGGUGGUGGAGGAUCUUAAAACAGCACUUCGAACUCAGCCAAUGAGGUUUGUCACGCGCUUCAUCGAGCUGGACGGCCUCACGUGCCUCCUGAACUUCCUGCGCAGCAUGGACUACGAGACGUCGGAGAGCCGCGUCCACACCUCCAUCAUCGGCUGCAUCAAGGCCCUGAUGAACAACUCCCAGGGCCGCGCGCACGUGCUGGCCCACCCGCAGAGCAUCAACACCAUCUCCCAGAGUCUGCGGACGGAGAACGUCAAGACCAAAGUGGCCGUGCUGGAGAUCCUCGGGGCCGUUUGCCUGGUGCCCGACGGGCACAAGAAGGUGUUGCAGGCCAUGGCACAUUACCAGAAAUACGCUGCUGAGAGGACUCGUUUUCAGACGCUGCUGAACGAGCUGGACCGGAGCACGGGCCGCUACAGAGAUGAGGUCAACCUAAAGACGGCCAUCAUGUCCUUCAUCAACGCUGUUCUCAACGCCGGCGCCGGAGAGGAUAACCUGGAGUUCCGCCUCCAUUUAAGGUACGAGUUCCUGAUGUUGGGCAUUCAGCCGGUCAUUGACAAGCUCAGAGAGCACGAAAACGCCACUUUGGAUAGGCAUUUAGACUUCUUUGAGAUGGUGCGGAAUGAAGAUGACUCUGAGCUGGCCAAACGGUUUGAUAUGAGCCAUGUAGACACAAAGAGUGCCGGCGCCAUGUUUGAGUUGGUGAAGAAGAAACUGAGCCACACAGACGCCUAUCCACACCUCCUCUCCAUCCUCCAGCACUGCCUGCAGAUGCCGUAUAAGCGUGGAGGCGGCAGCCUGCAGCACUGGCAGCUCUUGGACAGGAUCCUCCAGCAGAUCGUCCUGCAGGACGAGAAGGGAGAGGAUCCUGACCUCGCCCCUCUGGACAACUUCAGCGUUAAGAACAUCAUUCGCAUGCUGGUCAACGAAAAUGAGGUGAAACUGUGGCGAGACCAGGCAGAGAAGUUCAGGAAAGAUCACGUGGAGCUUCUAGGUAAACUGGAGAGGAAAGAGCGGGAAUGUGAGACCAAGACCCAGGAGAAGGAGGACAUGAUGAAGACUUUGAACAAGAUGAAGGACAAGCUGCAGCGUGAAGGCGUGGAGCUGCGCUCGGCCAGGGAGCAAGUGCUGGACCUCUCGUCACGCAUCAGCGACAUAGCUCAGGGCGGCAGUGUGUGUCUGCCCCCUCCUCUCCCCCCUCCCGGGGGUCCCAUGGCCCCCCCACCACCACCUAUGGCAGGUGGUUUUCCUCCACCUCCGCCUCCCCUUCCCUUUAGCUGCCCCCCUCCCCCACCGCCUCCUCCUCCGCCCGGUGCACCGCCUCCUCCACCCGGGGCCCCUCCCAUUUUCGGAGCCCCGCCCCCGCCGAUGCCCUCGUCGUUCAGCUCCAUGAGCACCAUGCGCACGAAAUCCAUCCCUCAGCCCUCUCACCCGCUCAAGUCCUUCAACUGGGCCAAACUUGGAGAGAACUCGAUCAAUGGCACGAUCUGGAACGACAUCGACGACCUGCGAGCCUUCAAGAUCCUCGACCUGAAGGACAUAGAGAAGAUGUUUUCGGCGUAUCAGAGACAGCAGGACCUGCUAACUAACCAAUCCUUCAAACAGAAAGAAACGGGCUCCAUGGAUGACAUAUACGUCAGCACGCGGAAGGUCAAGGAGCUGUCUGUGAUCGAUGGGAGACGUGCACAGAACUGUGUCAUCCUGCUUUCAAAGUUAAAAAUGACAAAUGAGGAAAUCAAGAGGGCGAUACUGGAGAUGGAUGAGAGAGAAGAGCUCGCCAAAGAUAUGUUGGAGCAGCUGCUUAAAUUCAUCCCAGAGAAAAGUGACAUCGAUCUGCUGGAGGAGCACAAACAUGAGUUGGAAAGGAUGGCCCGGGCCGACCGCUUCCUCUAUGAAAUGAGCAGAAUUGACCACUACCAGCAUCGACUCCAGGCGCUGUUCUUUAAGAAGAAGUUUGCGGAGCGUUUAGCUGAAAUCAAGCCUAAAGUUGAAGCCAUCCUGAACGCGUCCAGGGAGGUGGUUCGGAGCAAGCGACUGACUCAGAUGCUGGAGGUGGUGCUUGCUUUCGGCAAUUUCAUGAACAAAGGCCAACGGGGUAAUGCCUUCGGGUUCAAGGUCUCCAGCCUGAACAAGAUCGUGGACACAAAGUCCAGCAUAGACAGGAGCAUAACCAUGUUACACUACUUGAUCAUGAUUUUCGAGAAGAACUACCCAGACACGCUGUGCAUCCAGCAGGACCUCAGCAGUGUGCCAGUGGCGGCCAAAGUCAAUUUGGCGGAGCUGGAAAAAGAAGUGCACAGCAUCAAAAGUGGACUGAAGGCUCUCGAGGCGGAGCUGCAGUACCAGCAGAGCAGGACCCGGGAGCGCGGGGAUAAGUUUGUGGCUGUGAUCGGGGACUUCAUCACGGUGGCUGGCUUCAGCUUCUCUGAGCUGGAGGACCAGCUAAGUGAAGCCAAGGACAAGUUCGCCAAAUCUCUGAAGCACUUUGGGGAGGAGGAGAGGAGGAUGCAGCCCGACGAGUUCUUCGGGAUCUUCGACACCUUCUUGCAGUCGUUCGGCGAGGCGCGGCAGGACCUGGAGAACAUGCAGCGCCGCAAGGAGGAGGAGGAGCGCAGGGCGCGGAUGGAGGCCAUGCUGAAGGAGCAGAGGGAGCGGGAGCGGCGGGCCAAGAAGGGCGGGGCUUCGGACGAGGUCAGCGGGGAGUUCGACGACCUGGUCUCCGCGCUGCGCUCCGGCGAGGUCUUCGACAAGGACCUGAACAAACUCAAGCGGAACCGCAAACGCUCCGUCAACCAGCUGGUGGAGGGUGGCGGCCGCGAGAGGGCCGUCACCAAGGUGAACUACUAGGCUGGGGGGGGGGGGGG